UUUUCUCCUUGUUUUGUUGCGUUGUGUCCUGAGAGAUGCCUACAAGCCCUUUAAACCCCAAGCGCUGCCUCGCAUCUCACGGCCCUUCCCUUGGGUUGGGGACAGAUUCGAGCGCUCGGCGUCUUCUGGAAGCCUUGCCGGAAAGGAGCGGAGCGUGUUUCAGCGUUUGUGCCAGCAGCAGGAACAGAAGCAGGGCUUGGAGCUCCAGCAGGAGCAGGAACAGGAGGCUGGCCCCACAGAGAAGGCCAGCUUGCACAGGGAGGAGCCAGGGCCGGCGGUGAAGCUGGGGCGCUUGGCCUCACUCGACGCGUUGGGCAGGCGGCGGCGGCGUGCGGAUGCGGGAGGGAAAUCAAUGAGGAGUCAUAGCGAAGACGGCUCUCCAGCCAAGGGGAAGGAGCAGGCCUCGCCGAAGGGAGCUGACAUUUGGGGAUUACUGGAGGAGGGAGCACGGGGGAGCCUCGCGGCUCUGGCUGCCAGCCCCAGCCGGCGCUAACAUCUGGGCACAGCUGUUUGCCGGAGCCCUUUCCGCGGCCGCCCCCCGGCUCGUUUCGCAGCCAUGGAAUCGAACGGCACCUUCCUCGCCUGCAACAGCCUGAAAGAUGACAAGGAUCUGAAGUUCCUCCUGAAAGGCAGCCAGCUGCUGAAGGUGAAGUCCAGCUCUUGGAGGAAGGAGCGGUUUUAUAAGCUCCAGGAGGACUGCAAAACAAUAUGGCAGGAAUCGAAGAAGAUGCUGAGGUCUCCAGAGUCACAGAUCUUCUCCAUUGAAGAUAUUCGGGAUGUGAGGUCAGGCCAUAAAACAGAAGGUAUGGAAAAAUACGCCAAGGAUGUACCAGAGUAUCGCUGCUUUUCCAUCGUCUUCAAAGACCAGCGGAAAAACCUGGACCUCAUUGCAAGUUCAGAGGACGAUGCCAACCACUGGGUCCGCGGCCUUGGGAAAAUCAUAGCCCACAGCAACUCCAUGAACCAGAAACAGAAACUCCAACAUUGGAUUCAUACCUGCCUGCGGAAAGCUGAUAAGAACAAAGACAACAAGAUGAGCUUGAAAGAGCUCAAGAACUUCCUAAAAGAAGUGAACAUUGAAGUUGAUGACUAUCAUGCCAAGGAGAUUUUCCAGCACUGUGACAAGUCCAAAACAGAGGCUCUGGAGGAUGAUGAGAUAGAGGAAUUUUACAAGAUAUUGACAGAGAGAAAGGAAAUAGACAAGAUCUUCCAAAAGUACGCAGAUGCGGAAGGGUUCAUGUCCUGCCAGAACCUAGUGAGGUUCCUCUAUGAGACACAACAAGAAGAAGAUGCUGUUGUUGCUGCACCUCCCUUAAUUCAGAGAUACGAGCCCAACGAAUUAGCCAAGAAACGUAACGCCAUGACCAAAGAUGGUUUCCUGAUGUACUUGCUGUCUGAGGAUGGGAAUAUAUUCAAUUCCUCACACCGUAAAGUUUACCAGGACAUGACUCAACCUCUCAGCCACUACUUUGUGUCAUCCUCACACAAUACCUAUCUAAUGGAAGACCAGCUUACAGGUCCUAGCAGCACAGAAGCCUACAUCAGAGCCCUCACCAAAGGCUGCCGCUGUGUGGAGCUGGACUGCUGGGAUGGCCCUAACUCGGAACCCAUCAUUUAUCAUGGCUACACUCUCACCUCCAAGAUCCUCUUCAGUGAUGUCAUUAAGGCCAUCAAGAACUAUGCUUUCAAAACCUCACCAUACCCUGUCAUCAUCUCCCUGGAGAACCACUGCAGCCUUGACCAGCAGAAGGUCAUGGCUCAGCACAUGACGACGAUCCUGCAGGACAUGCUCUUGGUGGCCCCGGUCGAUGGAAGCAAAUCGCAGUUCCCGUCCCCAGAGCAACUGAAAGGGAAGAUCCUUGUGAAAGGCAAGAAGCUGAGCAGACAGGAGGAUCCCACAAAUGGGAACAACAACCUGGAGGCUGAGGAUGUCUCUGAUGAAGAUGAAGCAGCUGAAAUAGAAGAUGAAUCUGUAAAGACAAAGGUGCAGCAGAAGGGGAAGAGUGACACCCUGAAGCUGGCCAAGGAGCUGUCAGACACAGUUGUCUACUGCAAGAGCGUUCAUUUCAAUGGCUUCGAGGACCCCAGCCACCCUCGGGCUUUCUACGAGAUGUCAUCGUUCACAGAGAGCAAAGCUCUGAAACUAGCCCAGGAGUCUGGAAACAGUUUUAUUCAUCACAACAUCAGGCACCUGAGCCGAAUCUACCCUGCCGGGUGGAGGACAGAUUCUUCCAACUACAACCCCAUCGACUUGUGGAACGUCGGCUGCCAGAUCGUUGCCCUAAAUUUCCAGACAGCAGGCACAGAAAUGGAUGUCUACCAGGGUCGGUUCCAGGACAAUGGGUUUUCUGGGUAUGUCUUAAAGCCGGAAUUCCUCCGGGAUGAACAAACCAAAUUCAAUCCAAAAUCCAUCACAGAAGGAACAUGGGGGACAAAGAAGAAGCUUCUGCUUAAAAUCAUCUCUGGUCAGCAGCUGCCCAAGGUAAACAAAAGCAAAAACUCCAUCGUUGAUCCCAAGGUAACGAUUGAGAUCCAUGGCGUCCAACAGGAUAACAACAAGAAGCAGACCAGAGUCAUUGAAAACAACGGCUUUAACCCGAAGUGGGAAGAAGAGUUUACGUUUGACAUAGAGAUCCCUGCACUUGCCCUGGUCCGCUUUGUGGUGGAGGACUUUGACAUGUCAACCAAGAACGACUUCAUCGGGCAGUAUACGCUUCCCUUCACUAGUCUGAAGCAAGGUUACCGCCACAUCCAUCUCCUGACCAAGAACGGCGACCCGUACUCCUCCUCCACCCUCUUUGUCUACAUCAAUAUCCAGGACUGCGAUUAGCAGCUCGGCUCUUCCAGGGUGCAGCGGGCCUUGUUACAGCCCUAGGAGGAACGCAGCGUGUGUCGGCUGCCAGUGCCAGGGUCCCACCUGAUCCCCAGUGCCUUCUCUGGAGCAGCACAUGGUGCCCCACAGGGCCCUGGUCUGAAAUAGCCAUCGACUCUCUCCCUUCUGCGUGCUGGAAACAUCCUAAUGCUGCUGUUGAGAUUAAUCCUUUCGUACCUGUCCAACCAAUCCAGCUGUGUUUUUUAGUUCACUUUACUUUAGUGUGAUUUUCAAUUCUGCUUUUAGCAAGAGGAUAGGGACUCCUUUUUUGCAAAUUACAGUGCUUGGUGUGGGUUCCAAUCAAGCAUCUGGACAAAACACUCCACAUCUGUGCAAGAAAAAUGCACCCUACCACUGAAGGCAGUGGCUAGAUACCAGGUGACUUCUUGCAGCUUCAGAUGUCAGACAUCCUUCACCAUCUGAAGUCCUAAACGAGGACACAAUUCUCCUCUUGUCUGUUACAGAUUAAAAAGAAAGCUGCACUACAAAGGGCCACGUUAUAUAACUUGACUUUUCUUUUGUAUUAUAAUAAAAAAUACAUGAACACUACUCUGCCUGCGUGCCUGGCUCCCAGCCAGGUCGCUUUGCAUUCAAAGCCUGGCUCUUACCCUGUGAAGGAGAAAGAAGCUGCCGAACGGCAGAUUUCCCUCUAACCCAAAGUGAAAUCCACUCAAAGGGACCUCAGAGAAUGUCUUUUGCCGAUGACAGUGGAAAUACACUGAACUGACAGUAGGGCUUUUUUCUUUUUUUUUUUUUAAUGCAGUAAAACUUUGUGUUUUUUAUAGCAAAACCUCCUUUUAACACAAGAAGUGGCGGUAGAAAUGGUUUUAAAUGUUAGCUCAGUCCCAGUUGCACUGUAGAGGUAACCUAGCACAAGCAGAAAAAAGCGUUUUGAACAACCCAAUAUUUAUGGCAAAAAGUGUUUUUUUUUUUUUCAAGCACAACUACAGAGUUAAGUGAAUAGUGUUGAGAUAAUAUAUGUUUUCCAGUUCCAGCUAUGUUACUAUGUUAGACUAUUAAAAGGACAAAAAAAUAAUCUGGAAAAGUCCAAUUCCUCAUCACUGUUUGCCUCUUUGACCUACCUGAAUGCAACAUGGAUGAAUUUGGAGACGGACCUGCUUAAUUUCUUAAAGCUGUCAGUCUUUUGGGGGGUUUGGUUUUUCGUGGCUGGCAUUGGAGAGGAUGGGCUUCUACCAAAGAGGUUAAUUUCUGUUUACACAAAUUCCAGUCCAUUCAAUCCUCCACCUUUUUCUGAGUCUAAAAUAGCUUGGAUUUAGUGAUCCUUGGGCCCACUGCAAAACUGGGCUUCUUUUAGUCCGACCUGGAGUUUGUUAUGCUGCAGUAAUGCUGGACACAUUGAUUUUUCCUCUUCACUAUAAUUAUCUGUGAUGUUGUAAACCAUUGCCAGAUUAAAUGUGAAUUAUAUCCACACCAAAAA